AUGGGAUCUCUCGUCUGGGACGACGAGAACCGCUGGGUGGGCAAGCAGCCCUGGUGGAAGGACGCAACCUUCUACCAAGUCUACCCAGCCAGCUUCAAGGACUCGGACGGCGACGGCUGGGGCGACCUCCCCGGCCUCAUCGCCGAGGUCGACUACCUCCACGACCUCGGCGUCGACGUCGUCUGGGUCUCGCCCAUCUUCGAGAGCCCCCAGAAAGACAUGGGCUACGACGUCUCCGACUACCAAAAGAUCUACGCCCCCUACGGCACCGUCGAGGACGUCGAUACCCUCCUCAAAGAAUGCCACGCCCGUGGCAUGAAGGUCAUCCUCGACCUCGUCGUCAACCACACCUCCGUCGAGCACGAGUGGUUCAAGCAGAGCCGCUCGUCGCGCGCCAACCCUAAGCGCGACUGGUACAUCUGGAAGCCCGCCCGCUACGACGCCGACGGCGUCAGACACCCGCCGACCAACUGGCGCGGCUACUUCGCCGGCCCGACCUGGACCUGGGACGAGCAGUCGCAGGAGUACUACCUGCACCUAUACGCUCCCGACCAGCCCGACCUCAACUGGGACAACGCCGCGUGCCGCGAGGCGAUAUACGAGGACACGAUGCGCUUCUGGCUCGAGCGCGGCGUCGACGGGUUCCGCAUCGAUACGGUGAACAAGUACUCCAAGCGCACCGACUACGUCGACGCCCCCGUCACGGACCCGACAUCGCCGCACCAGCCCGCGCCCGAGAUGUGGUGCAACGGCCCGCGGAUUCAUGAGUUUAUCCACGAGAUGAACCGCAAGGUGCUUGCGCCGUAUAAUGCGGUGUCGGUUGGCGAGCUGUCGCUGACGCCGCACCCGUCGCAGGUGAUCCCGUAUGUGUCGGCUGCGGCGCAGGAGCUGGACAUGGUGUUUGAGUUUUCCGUCAUCCGGCUCGGGAACGGGAACGGGUUCGGGGGGAAGUACCUCUUCCAGCCGUUCCCGCUGUCGACAUUGAAGAGUUACACUGCGACGUGGCAGUCAUUCAUUGAAGGGACGGAUUCGUGGGCUACCGCCUUCUGCGAGAAUCACGACAAUGGGCGCGCGGUCUCGAGGUUUGGUGAUGACUCGACGCCCGAGCUGUGGAAGGCUUCGUGUAAGACGAUUGCUAUCUGGCAGGCUACCAUGUCCGGCACAUUGUUCCUGUACCAGGGCCAGGAGAUUGGCAUGACCAAUAUGCCGGCCAGUUGGGGGAUUGAGGAGUACAAGGACAUUGAGAGCGGUAACUUUUACUCCGAGGCCCUGGAAUCAGGCGACCAAGAGCGGAUCGCAAAGACCAUGGACGGGCUGCGCAUCUUGGCGAGAGACCACGCGCGGAUACCCUUCCAAUGGGACGAUAGUCCGAACGCCGGGUUCACGAAAGAGGGCGCCAAGCCGUGGAUGCGAGUGCAUGACGACUACAAGGCCAUCAAUGCCGCAAAGCAGCGUGGCGAUCCGGAUUCCAUUCUCGAGUUUUACAAGAAAGUCCUCAAGAUGAGGAGGCAGUACCGCGAUAUCUUCGUGUUCGGAUCACAUAAGCUGUUGGAUCCCGAGAACGAGAAGACGUGGAUCAUAUUGAAGGAGAGUGCUGCGCCGGUGAAAGGCCGUGAGGGCGUCAAGCGCAGGGCUCUUGUAGUGAUGAAUUUCUCCAAGGACGAGGAGAGCGCCGGAGAUGUGGCGGCCAUGCUCGGCUGUGACGCUGGUGAAGUCAAGCUGUUGAUUGGCACGAGAGAGGGUGGCGAGCUGAUUAAGGGGGUUGCGCCCGCAUUGAAGGGAUGGGAGGCGAGGGUUUAUACCAAUUUCGAGAUUUAG